AAAGUAAAAUUCAUUCGCGCGCUGCGCUAUAAUGCGAAUGUAAUCUCAAUGUUUAUUUUUCGAUAAGUUUAGAUAAGUUUUAUCAUAAUUAAAUUGUACGAAUACCUACUAUUUAUCGUUAAACAACGUCAACAUUUAAUGAGAAGUGUAUUCUUCAUUGCAUAAUCGGACUACUGCGACCGGCGAGCAUAGGUUAAUUUAUCUUAUUACGAGUCUACUGAGCGUUACUCUUUGUAAUUAAAAUUUUCAGCAGAAAUAUGUUUAAGGGUUUAGUGGGUUUGGUGACUGGUGGAGCAUCAGGCUUGGGCCGUGCUACUGCUGAACUGCUAGUAAAGCAAGGAGGUCGGGUCAUCAUCUGCGACCUGCCUACCAGCAAAGGACAAGAAACUGCCAAGCAGCUCGGAGAAAAUGCUGCCUUUGUCGCUGUGAAUGUUACCUCAGAAGAAGAUGUGAAGAAGGCAUUGCAAGCCACACAAGACAAGUUUGGGCGUCUAGAUGUAGCUGUCAACUGUGCAGGCAUUGCCACCGCUGCUAGGACUUACAACUUUAAAAAAGAGCAGCCUUUUGAUAUUAAGGCUUUUCAGAAAACUGUUGAGGUGAACUUAAUUGGAACAUUCAAUGUCAUUCGUCUGGCGGCAGGUAUGAUUGGGAAGAAUGCUCCCGAUGGGGAUGGGCAGAGAGGUGUGAUCAUCAAUACUGCUAGUGUGGCCGCUUUUGAUGGACAGAUUGGACAAGCUGCCUAUGCUGCAUCUAAAGCGGGUGUGGUCGGCAUGACACUGCCGAUAGCACGAGACUUUAGCAAGCAAGGUAUAAGGGUCGUCACUAUUGCACCAGGUUUAUUCCGAACACCAAUACUGGAAAUGCUGCCAGAGCCAAAGAUUAAGGAACUGGAAGCAACAGUCCCGUUCCCGUCACGACUUGGACACCCUUCAGAAUUCGCCCUCCUUGUCAAAAGCAUUAUCCAAAAUCCCAUGCUCAAUGGUGAGACUAUACGACUUGAUGGCUCCUUGAGGAUGCAGCCCUAAGAGUGACAAUGUGAGUGUGGAUUUCACUUGUGUAGUUAGUGUAGAUAGCAAUAUAAGUGACAGUCAGAUGGACUAGUCGGACUUAUCCACAAUAGUGAUUCACAGCAUAUACCAUAUAGUAAUAUGUAGAUAUUAUUUACUAUCAUACAGUGCAUUUAUAAAUUGAUAAGUAAAUGUUAUAAUGUUAUUGUUUUUGUAGCUGUAAUGUCAAUUGUUACUGUAAAUUUAUGAUGGUUCAUAUAUAUACUUAUAUUAAAAACU